CUUCAAUUUGCUGCCAUACUGCUUAAAAUACAUUUCAUUUAGCUUUAAAAAAUUCAAAUCCUUUGCCUCAAUAUAUUUUAAUUGUUGAUUCAAUUAUACUCGUUAAUUAUAAAUUGUAAUUAAGUUCAGAAUGAUUUGUUUGAAAUAUGUUUCAAAUUAUUUAUCCAGACAAAAUUCUAUUUCAUCUAGAUUAUAUUAUGUAAGUGUUUAUAACUUUUUUUUUUAAAUACAUUUAUGUGAUAAAUUAUUCAUGAAAAAUAUGAGGAAUAAAUCUUUAAUAGAUAACUACUGUAUAAAUGUGACCAUUUAAAAUACUUAGAUUUCUGUUGAAUUCAAACAUCAAAUCAUCCUAGAGAUAUAAUAGUACAAAAUUAUGUAGGUUUUAAAAUAACUUUAUAAUACCUACUAUAAUAUUAUCACACAUACGCAUAGUAGUUUUUGAAUUCAAUAAUACAAGUUAUAAGUACUUAUGUUAUGCUGAGCCUGGAUAAAUAAAUUAAUAAAAAAUAAUGAAUCUUAUAUAUUUUUAUUAAAAUUAUUAUGUAUGGUUUUCUAUUGUUUAAAAUUGUGUGUUUAAUUUAUAAACAUUUAUUUUUACACUAUAUUUUGCUUUAGGUAACAAAUUUAACUAGAAACUGUAGUAUGUCAUCCAAAUCAGUUCCGUUGCAGUCAUUUAGUAGAAGGAAAAGUAAUAACCCAGACAUAGGGUGGAUUUUAUUAGUAAGAUUAAAAAUGAUUCUUUUAUAUCUACUAUUUGUUUUAAUAAACAAUUGAUUUAAAUUUAAGGUGAUACCAAUCUCUGCAUUCGGAUUGGGUACAUGGCAAGUCAAUCGGAAAAAAUGGAAGGAAACUCUCAUUGAAGAACUUAAACUUAAAACUACAUUACCUGCAAUUGAUUUUCCAGAAAAGUUUGUUAAAAUGAUUGUUAAAAGUUUGUUAAAAUUUUAUUCCGAUGUGUUUUAUUUUUAUAGUGAAGAUGAACUUAAAAACCUUGAAUACCGUAAAAUUAAGGUCAUUGGUGAAUUUGAUCAUUCAAAGGAAUUAUAUCUAGGCCCUAGAUCCUGUUUAACUGAUGGUGGAUCUGAGAAUGGAAAUGGAUUAUUUUCUGGAUCUGGGUCUACAAAAAGUGGUUAUUAUGUUGUAACACCAUUUAAACUGUCAAAUAGACCGUAAGAAUCUUUUUUUUUAUUUUUUUUCACUUAUGAAUAAUAUUUAUUUUUAGCUUAACAAUUUUAGUAAAUCGAGGGUGGGUAUCCAUGCAAAAUAAAAAUCCAGCAUCAAGAGUUUCUGGUCAAGUUGUUGGAGAAAUUGAAUUGGAAGGUGUUGUACGUUUAACAGAACCUAGACCUCAAUUCGUAACUAAAAAUAUUGAAGACUCUCGCUUCUGGUCUUAUAGGUAAAUUAUAGAUGUUUCUUCUUGAAAUUCAUAAUUCGUGUAUUACAAAAAAAAAAUUAGCAGUUUUUAUUCAUUUUGCCCAAUACUUUAUGUUUUACUACAGUUAUUUAUUAUUCUAGAGAUUUAAAUGCAAUGGCAAAACUAGUUGAUAGUGAACCUAUUUUAAUUGAUGCUCUAAUGGAAUGUAGUACUCCUGGAGGGCCAAUCGGUGGUCAGACUAAUAUUUCAUUGAGAAAUGAACAUGUCUCGUAUAUUAUUACUUGGUAAGACAAAUUAUGUAUUAUUUUGCCACCUAUCUAGUUAUAAUAUAUUAAUAUAGAUAACAAUUAUAAUUAUAUUUAAUUCUAAAAUACUUUUAUCUAAGUUUUUACAUUGUGACUAAAUGUUAUACAGGGUAUAGAGAACUACAAAUGUAAUACAUUUUGUUCUAUUCAAAAUUUUUAAGUUGUUUUUUUUAAUAAUUACUAGUCUUUUUGUUAAUUUUCUAAAAAAAAAAAGAGUAAGUUUAAGAUAAUUAAAAUUGUUUUCAUUGUCACUACUAAAUAGUAUCAAUUUGAUUAUCUAUGAAAAAUAAUUUAUAUUAACUACAAAAUUUUUUAGAAAACUAAUGACUCAUUUUUAAUAAAUAUUUUUUAACACCAACAUUUUAUUUCAGAAUAAAUUUAUAAAUUGGAUAUCUUGAAUUUUGAAGAAAAAAAAAUAUUAUUUUUUAGUUUUAAAAUAGAAGAAUUAUAGUGCACAAUUUUAGUAAAUAUUUAAAAAAUAAAAAAAAAAAAAGAGUUAGAUACAUCUGUACAUGAAUAUAUCUUAUGGCUACUGAGUUCAGUUGACAUGGGAAUGUUAACGCCUAUCGGUUUAGUGCAAUUAUCAUUCAAUUAAGGAUAUGAGGACUAAGUUAUAGAUAACAUUUUUUUCAUGUGUAAAUAAUUAAUUAAUUUCAAAGACAACCUGUAUUUAUUAUUGUAUAUACUCUUGAACAACAAAAUUUUUAUAAUUUACAACUUCAGUAUGACUAGUUAUAGAUAGUAAAGGAUGAUAGGUACUGAAAUAUGAAAUGUACUUGCACGUUCCAAGCUGCUCAAUGUGAUGAUAAGACUGUCGAUGCAAGUAGAAUGGCAUUGGGUAGAAGUUGCGAGAUUGUUGCUUAAUUAUAAUCCUAGUUUUGUAUUCAAAACUGUAAGAAAUUUCUACAUAGUUGAACAACUAUCAACCAAUAAUGGUUUUAAUUAUAUAAUUUAUAUUGUGUUAUUUUUAUUGUCAAUAUCAUUUUAUACACAUACAUUUUAAAUAAUAAUAUAAUAACAUUAUUACAAAGGAGACUAUGAGGGAUUUUAGGUAGCCGUGAGAUGCACAGAAUUUAUGUGGUGUCACAUAAAUUUUCGGAAUGAUCCCAGCCAUAAGACAUAUCCAAGUCAAAAACUUAAAAAUAUUAAACAGAAAAAAAGUUAUUAAAUAUAUCAGAUGUCAGUACAAUGCCUGUUUAUCACUUGCUCAUAUUUUCUAUUAAAAUGAUCUCUAUUAAUUUAGUGUUCUAUUAUACUAGUUUUAGGACAGUUAUGCAUGUAUUGACAGAUUAAUUCUUAGUUUUUUGAGGAGGUUAAAUAGUUAUUUAGUUAUUAUUUUUUAAGUAAAUUACUGAUCUACAAUCAGUCAUUUUGUCAUUUUUCAUAAAUUGUGAGUGGAACAAACAGUUUAAUGUGAACGUAAUAUUUAAACAAUUUUUUUUUUUAAGAAAGACUUUGGAAAUAUUCACAAUAAAUAUUUAGAGAUAUAUAAUUAUUCAAAAAAUAUUAAUUAUAACCAAAUAGUAAUUUAAUUGUUAUAAAAAAAAGACCUAAUACCAAAUUAAAAUAAAUAUAUGUGUGAAAUUUGUUCACACAUCACAAUAAACUGUCAAAACUUGAGAUUUAUAUCAAAAAUCUUGUUGCGAUCAUCAACUUGAGGUACCCCUCAAGGUACCUUAAGGUGUUGAUCUAAAAAAAGUUAUGUAACAAAAAUUUACAUUUGUAUGUAUUUAUUUUUUUAAUAUAGUAAUUUAAAUUUAAAUUGUUUCUUAUUUAGUUUGAACUGCUUUCUAUUCUAGGUCCUUAUGAUUUCAAAUACAUUAGGAACUAUUAAAUAUAUUAAUUAUAGUAAUAUUAUUAAUUUAAUGAAAAUACACUAAUUUCUAAUAUUUAUGUUAUUUUAAAAGAAAAUAUAUUGGUUUUUAAUAUUUUAUUUAUUAUUACAGGUAUGGCUUAGCUAUUGCAACUGGAUAUAUGUGGUAUACAAAAUAUGCAAAUGCAUUAAGAUUUGUCAAAAAAUAAAUACUAGUAAUUAAAAUUUGUUCCAGUCAAAAUUGAAAGCCUAUUUUUGAUCAAUCUACCAUUUUUAAAUAAAUUUUUGUUAUGAAAAAAUUUUAAAUAGUUCAUAUAAUUUGAAAAAUUAAACUUUAUUAUAAUUAACUUAUACAUUAUAAUAUUUUGCUUUAUAUAACAUCAAGUCGUAUUUUAAUUAAAAUUAUGUAUUUUUAUUUAUUUGAAUUACUUCAUUAUACAAAUACAAUCUAUUAUACUAUGCAUAUCAUUUAAUUAAAUAAAUUUUAAUUUAUAUUAUUAUUAUAAUAUUGGAAGUAUCAGAAUAUUAGUGCUAAUAUUUAAGUCAUAAACAAUCAGAUCUAUCUAUAACAUAUAAUAAAUCUUCAUGAUAAAAGUAUAAUAAUUGUAAUAUGUAUAGUAAAAGAUCAUUUAAAAUUAAUAAUUAAUAGUAAUUAAUCUAAUAAUCAAUAAUUUGUGUAAUGUUAAAACAGUCAUAAAAGUAGAUCAUUGUAAUACUGGAAAAAUAUAAUAAUAUAAUGGAAAUUCAAUUUAAAUAAAUUAUUAUUACAACAACAUAAAGUAAUGCCAUUAAGAAACAGAUAUAAAUUUAAACAAUUAUAAAAUUAUAAUUUUAAACAUGUUUAAAUGUACAAGAAAUAUUUUAAAAUUUACUAUAAUCUGAUUGAUAAUACUCAAUAAUUUCGUUUUAACAUUGGCACACUUGCUCGUUGAUCUUCCAUUCGACCUGAUUGAAGACGCAUAAUUAAAGUAAAAAAGUCUUCAUCUGGUACAGUCGGCCCUCGAUUCGGUGUACGUUGAGAUUCUCCAUCACUACUAAUGUUAGAUACUGGUAGCUCACUGCGCUGAUCUUCCAGCCUUUCACCUUGACAUCUCAUCAACAAUUCUAAGAAAUUAUCAUCGGGUUGUUCAUUAUCUGGCUUUGCAAUUCCAGGAAGUUGUUCUAAUUCUACUCUUUGUUCAUCCAUACGUUUACUCUGCAUACCCGCUAUCAUGUCCAAUAAAUCAUCUUGACUUUCAGCAUGACUACCUACAAUAA